AAACGAAAUCUAUAGAACUAGAUACUUUUGAGUUAGUUAGUGGUUUAUUUUCGGAGCAGCUAAUGUUUGUUUGUUCCCCCGGAUUAGCUGGGAAAAGCCUUAAAUAUUCUUGAUUACAGAGUACAUAGAAGUGUAAGCAAUGGAUACGUUGAGGAAAACAUUAACAGUUUUGUUUUGGGGCUUGCUAGCUCUAACAAUCGUGGAUGCUGGACCCUUUUCCUGGAUGAAAAAAGAUAAAUUUGAUGAAAUAAUGGACAAAAUGACUGCAGUUACAGCAGAAAACUGCCACUCAAAACCACGGUCAGAGCUAGAGUUACCCAAGGAGUCAGUGUCACAUGUACCCGUAUAUAACAAACUGCUCAGUAAUGUGUAUUUUGCCAAUAGAUCUAUGCUUCUACACAUGCAUAAUUUGGCGUUCAAUCGAGCCUUCUAUUACAGUUUUAUUUAUCAAAGAAUGAACACAUCAGAUGACUUUGAACAUCAGCCCGGUUUGAUGUACCUGUAUAUGUCGGCUGCUGCCGAUGUCUCUGCAUCUCCGGGAUGGGUCAACGGCUCAUCAUUACUUUUUGACAAUAAUUGUACUUACCCAAAUUGGUAUACAACAGUCGAUUUUAACACUACUCUCUCUUUAUUUGGUCCAAGAGCGUGGAGAGCUGAUGAUUAUAAUGAACCACAAAAUUACUUACGUGAAUCCACAAAUAGAACAAUUAAUGUUGAAGACUACGCAACAGGUACAGUUCCAAACUACACAGAUGAAUCAUACAAAUACGCACCUUAUACUCGAUAUGAGUACGACCCAACAGAUGCGCGACAAGAAAAGCCACUUUUCUGGUGGCCAGAUAGUCGUGGCUACAAAGACUCUUUACGUAAAUUCACAUACUCGGUUGGAAUAAAAUUUUCCAAUCAGACAGGCAAGUUUACAAGAGAUGACUUUGAAGGAAUUCCAUUUUUUGGGCCGCCACAACCAGGUCAGACUGAUACUGAUAUUACAUUACCUGUGCUAUUCACAAAACCAUACUUUGAUUGUGGACGAUCAAAUCGUUGGAUUACUACCAUGUCUGCUCCUGUGGUUGACUUCACGCCUAGAUACUCAUCAUGGAUCCAUCUAAGAAGACCUAGGUUUGUAGCUGUGGUAGGAAUAGAUGGAGUGUUUGAGCGUAUUGAUAUCAAUCAGUGUCCUUUCUCAGAAGGAAAUGAUCCUCCAAACAUGUUUGCUGGAACACAUAGAUGCAGGGAAACUACAAUGUGUGAGCCAAUCAGUGGGUAUGGGUUCCGUCGUGGUGGUUAUCAGUGUGUCUGCUUACCAGGUUACUAUUACCCUUCGUCGCAUGAUGGUCCGUUCCAGGGCUGGGAGAUUGAACAAGCUACAUUGGAAGAAUAUGAACAUGGAUUUGACUGUCUCAAAGCUGAAGGGAUGCAAGUUGUUCCAAAUCAGAUGCCAGAGUUUGUACGUAGAAAGAAAAGAUCAACAUUGUAUACAGCAACUAAGAAAGAUGAGUUUUUGCUACUAACCAGUCCAAUGUUAGAGCAGUCUGCUUCUCCUAAACUUAGACUGGUUGCCAACAGAAAGCGUCGCAGUGCCGAUGGUAGUGAACAGUAUGUGGCAGCAACUUAUAGAAAGCAGUUUGUAAAACGAUAUGAUGGCGAGACAAAGAAAUUUCGUAAGAAGAGAGAAGCCUUUGAGUACGAUUCAUGGGAAAAAAUGUCAAACAUUCGACAGAGGUUCUUUAAUGUGACUAAAGAAAGCUGUAGGUCAAAGGAAUGUUUUGAACUUUAUUUACCUGGUGAUGCUGGAUAUGGCGUGGAGAGACAGUUUGAGGCUCAAGGUAGAACUGCUCUACGUUUAUCACAUUUCCUUAGUAACUUCUUACAGAACGUUGAUGAAUAUGAACAAUUUGGUAAUCUUAAAGGAGACAGAGGACUGAAUGAGACCCAUAUAUUUGGUGAAGUUUUGGCAACGGUUAUGGGUGAUUUCAAGGUCCUUGGUGCUGGUGCCUACUUUGACCAGUACAAGUUCCAAGUUUCCCCACCAGUUAAUACUACAGAUCCAAGAUACUCUAAUGCAAUCACCAGAGAACUCUUUGGACCAUUCUCAUGGCGAAUACAGAACCCUAGUGAUGGUCUUGAUGCCUUUAGAGCCAUAGAUUCAGCAGGAAUUGCAGCUUAUAGAUACAUAGAUGAGCCUUGGUUUAGAAAAAUGAAACAAAGAUGGGCGACGAAUUUCCACAGUCUGAAGAAGUUUAUUGACAAACAAAUGAUACGUUCCAGUCCUAAUUCAACAAGUUCCAUCCGAUUUGAACAUUAUCCAAUCACAUAUAGCGCACCCAGCUAUGAAGAUGGUGAAUGGUCUAGACCCGAGUUCAAGUGUGACGGUUAUAUUGAUGACUGGGUGUCAACCUACACAGUUCCUUUCUUUGGUUUAAACAGCGACAAGUCACAGAUAGAAUUUAAGGGAGUGAUAAGAAUUCACGUCAAGUUGAAAUAUCUUGACAUUAACCAAUGUCCAGCAGAUAUCUAUGUGGCCAAUACCUUCAAAAAUACAGCAAAAUGUGAUUUCAGAUCACAAUAUUGUGUGCCUCUGCCAGGCAAAGGGUUUGAGCAAGGUGCUUACAAGUGUGUGUGUCGUCAAGGUUACGUUUAUCCAUUUACUGACCUCUCAUGGUUCUUUCACGGUCAGACAAUGGAAGAAGAGUAUUCAAAGAAAAGUCUUGGUGAGCCGAACAGAUAUGACACAUUGAGGUGCAGAAUAGCUGGAGCAGAUGCUGCUAUGGCAAAUGUUGUCCUCAUUGCUUUUACCACGCUGUCAUUGUUGCUAUGGAAACACUGAGAACAUAACAACAUCUUAGAACAUUUCUGUAAAUAAUAGUUUAUGAAGUAGACAGAAGUAUAGACAAGUCUUCCUGUAUAUAUAGACAUUUUACACUGUGAUUUCAUUUUCAUAUUGUGCACAAAUAAAUCAUGAAGAUUGUACCUCGUGCUUGUUAAUUAGGGGUAUCAUUUUUUUUAUUCUCCUAAGUAAAUUGAUGACAGAUUUUUAUCUUACUCAUUUAACAUUUACACUUCCUUGAUUAAAUACAUUAUGGAUUAUAGAACUUUAUGCUUACAUAUAUCAUUUUAAAGUGUUUUUAGUCCUGUCAUUAGAGUGCCAUUUAACAUAAUACA